AUGCGCAAGAGAAAUUCUAUCCAGGUUCUUAGUUUAAUUUUCCAUAUUUCGAGCUAGGUUUGGCCCGCUAGUCCUUCAAAUUGGAAUUGCAAAAUCGACGAAGGAUCAACUGGUCUCAUUGACGCAUGUUGGGCUGCGGACAGCCGCCACAUCCUAACAACUUGUGAUUUUUAUCUACGAAUUACCGUUUGGUCUCUCUCAAGUACGAGCGUGUCUUAUAUGAAAUAUCCCAAGGUAUUUUCGUCCGUGUGUCUCGAAUGCGCGGUUCCCGUUUUUUUCCGUGAUGUCCCGUCUUCUACACAUAUAAUGAGGCACAAAUAGAAUUUUUAGUGCUUAUUUGUUGAAGCAAAUGAUGAACUCAUGAAAACCAUACGGAGGACUGCGGUACACACCAGACGAAGGUACCAGGUUGGAGGCAGUGUAGCGGCCGAGGACAUCAAGGGUAGCACACACCCAAGUAGCGAAACACUCGAAAGAGAUCCUGGCUACCGUUGAUAUGAAUAGGGCUGUUAGUAAGUCACAAUGCUCAUCCGCACAUAAAGGAAGAAGAAACGUCAAGUGGGCGAGAGCGUAUAAUGGGCAGAGGUGGGAAUUCGAAACGCAUAUAAUAAUAGUUUAUAGUACAAGCAGAACGAGUUACAACUGUUGAGUAACCUGUCUGGAUGGAGAGUCGAUACAGACAUGCCAGCUAAUUAACUGGUGGGGAGCGCAGCGCUGUCGGCAACUGCGGGGAAGAGCCGAGGGGGGUGCCGACGUAGAAAGAGGGAGAACGAUACGUGCGUCACGGUACGUUGCGGGAAGAGGGGUCGGCGGUAGUGAGAGGAAAACACACCGGCCAUCUUCACCAGCAUGCAGUUACGCCAACUCCAUCCUAUGUCCGCGCGUUGAAAAGUGUUUCUUCACUCAAACAACCCUACCGAGGUCAUGGGGCAUUACAGCAGCUGCAGGCGCUGUAACCUUCGUCCCUUCCAGUUGACCGCAGUAUUUUACGCAUUUGUUAGAUCCUUGCCGAACCACCUUUUGAGGAAGAAACAGACCAAAGUGAAGCUAAAAUAAGGCAGGACGAAGGGUUGAUCACUUUUGUGAAUGAUAUCCAACCUCCUUGAAUUUCUCCCCUUAGUGGCCCGUUAGAUAAAUACAGUGAUUUUAAUUCCGUCCGAUGUUGUCUUAUUCGGGCUUCUGCGCCUACUUCCUAUGUAAUUAACCUGGUCACACAUGUCCGCGGUCGUGUGAUUUAAUCCGUAGACCUAGUGACUGCGUCGACCUAAGGAUAAAAAAUAGUUCAGGAAUUGCUGUACAUCUCGGAACAAGGAGUCACACCUUUGACCUUGGGACAGCAAUAAGAAUUUGUACAAAAUUGGAAUGGGAAGUGACGAGCAGAAAUCGCUUUGAGCGUGGGUUGAGAACUUGCUGCAUCCAUGGAAUCUUGUGUUUCCGUUCCAUAUCACCGCCUGAUUUGGAAACUUGAGGACUUUCAGUCUGUGAAAUCGACUCGUGCGUUUAGAUCAUGCAGCCGACUCAACUUCUGCCCUGUCUACGGAAUCCGUGAGAUGUUUGUUGGAAACUGCCGUGCGGACCCCUAUCUUAAUUUGGACCUCAACUGCUGUUAAUCCGGUUCCUCACUUACAAGUUUUGACACGAUUUCCUACGCGGUAGUCAUCCCAACACGGUUAUACCGUACGUUGCGUUGCGUCUUGACAUCCCCGGAUCAAGCUCAAGUGCCGGCGCGAUUUAAGUCCGACAUACAUGGGCAUUUAACGCCUCAUUUCUAUUAGCGUUAUUAAUGUCUGCCUCUAGCUUGACCUAAAAGCCUCUACAGAACGCCAAAUGUAUCAGAACUCGAGACAAGUAAAACGAAAAGAUCCGCUUAGACAUACUCUGGUUAAGGCAGAACUACUGGCUUGCUUGUCAAAGUACUUCUAGACUGAUGUGAACAGUUUUUUUUCUCAUAACCGAAAAUAGGGACAUACGUAGUACUAGCAAACCAGGCCUUUCACGUUUACUCGAAUUCCUAGAAGUCCUGACCAGCCCUUUAUUUUCUAGGACUUUGUCGCAUUGAGUUUUGUCGGCCCUUUAGGUGAGUGGUCUCUGGAAAAAAUGUUCUCCGCCCCCCUGGAGCACACCCAUAGCAGCUGCAAACUGUCUAAAUUCAUGUAAUUCUACGUCGCACAUUCCUUCUUUUCCUCCUUCAGGCUUGCCCCAAGAAUCUAGCUUUCUCACCUGGCGGCCGGUACCUCUGUCUGCUCGAGCGCCGCGAGUUGCAGGAUUGUAUGAGCAUUUUUGAUUGUCAAUCAGAAUGGCGCCUGGUCGUCAACGUCCAGCUGCCCACCAAAGACUCAUGUGGUCUAGAGUGGUCCCCAGACGGGCGUUACAUUGCUGUCUAUGAUUCAUGCCUACACGACACUGUAGCCAUAUUCACUGCCGACGGACGUCAUCUGCACACCUGCUCGCUGUCUGAGGGUGUGAGUUAUCAUCUAGGAGUGAAGUCAAUCGCGUGGUCCCCCUCCGGCCAGCUUCUCGCAAUCGGCGGGUGUGUUUUCGCCAUUUUUGCAUUUUAUCUCACUACCGUUCUGAACGCAGUCGAGACGAUCUUCCAAAUAGCCUUGUAGUAUAUUCGCAGACGUUCAUGGAGCCUUACCCUGGCUUGAGGCCAUCAGACUGUGCAGCGCUUAAAGUCUAAUGAAAAGUAUGAGUGGUGAAGUUGAUUUGGCGCGGCAACGAAUACGUUAGAUGCUGGACGGGAUGCUGAUCUCUCUGUGCUGUUUUCUGUCCCAUUAUUUUGUCGUCGGCCCAAAGGCCUUGCUUCGCCGUAGCGGUAGCAUUGACAGGAUUCUGCCAAAUGCUUUUGUGCUUCAACAGUGGACACAUCCGUCUAUCUUUGAAGACAGAGAAAUGCAAAGAGAUACACAGCGAACGGAGUGCGUAUAAUGGGGGAAAACUGGUAUUGCCUUUCAUCAGGAGAGGGUUAAAUUCUAUCUCACAGGGAACGUGCAGACCCUAUAAUAUCUUUGUUUGAACUACUGUCAGACGGGACGUUCGGCCGCAUUUAGCUAGGGCUCCUUCAUCGAGUAAACUUUGCAGUCUGCGCCAUUUCUUAUCUGUUCAGGUUCCUUUUCUUUCAAAUCAGGCAACACAACCUCGAGGUUGGAUUCGAAGCCAACAGUGCCAUUAAGUGCGGAUAACUAAUGCCUACUGGCAUCUCAUGCACUAGAACUUGUCGCACUUGUUUUUCGGGAGCCACAAAAACCCAAUCAAAUCUAUUCUUUUCCAUCAUCUCACACUUCUCCCCUACCCCACGUCUCAUGCCUCCCGUUACUUGUUUGGACAUUUAAAACAUUUUCUAUUCUUUACAACAUCAUCCUUGCCCUGAUUAACCCCAUAGAUUCGACCAGAAGUGUCGUAUUCUGAAUCACGCAAACUGGUCCUGUCUGAUGAUGCUGCAACACCCCCUGUCAAAACCCAUCGAUCCUCAUGUGGGUCUUAGUCCGACAGGCGAGGUCCUGGAGUCAACCCCGAAUUUGGACUCAAAUCAUUCUUACCGUGUGGCUAUCUACCAGGAGGGGGGCAGUGAGCAAUCUGCCGCAAAUCCCCUUUCAGCUACGCCGGCCGGAGCGGCAGGCUGCAAUUACGAGGUUGUCUCCAAACCCAUCCAGAUUCCCAGUUUAAAGCCGGACCCAAAGAAACCUAACCCUAAGGUAACUACGUUCUUUUUUCUUAAUUUUUUCCUGGCCUUGGCGAUGGUACUUUGUGAUCCUCCAUUGCUUUUAUUUCUUCAGGAAUUGAUCACCAAGCUAGCACGGCGUGUAGGAACUGCGGACAUUACAAGAUUGCGCAAAACUAGAAGGAAGAUCAGUGUACUUUCCAAGAGCGCGCAAGCCCUGCUUGCGCCAUAAACUAGAAGGGGCUUAUGGCUCUGCCAGUGAUGGGCAAAGGAGUCGUUUCCAGGCGUCGCAGUCGUCGUGUUCAGUAGCACUCCUGCCUGAUGCCACUUAACUUGAACAAGUCGACAAUUCUAACUAUCUCGAGACGAAAUUGUUGCCGAAGUAUAGAUGACACAGUCUCCCUGAGUCACGAUAUGUCAGUCCUCAUCAAAAUCUACUUUUAUCGAACAUUAGUCAGGUCAUUCCUCCUCUGCCGCUGUGAACGCGAGGCUGUGCCGGCAUUAAACGAGCGAAAGCUGAAGGUUUUCGGCCACCGUUACCGGAAAACAGUACUUCGAACGAGGUACACAGCCUUCUUCCUCACUUAAUAUAACUUCCUUGCGGGGACAUCCAGAGAAGAUAAUGCAGUAGUUUGUGCGGCCCCGUUUAUAGCUAACGAAAUUAAGUCGAAGUGAGCCUCCACACAAUCUCUCAUGGUAUGGACUUACGGAAUUUCAUUUUCGCUGCGAAGGCAAGAUAGAGAGAGAGGGUAGAGCUCGCAAUAUUAGUCCUCAGGUUUGAAGGAGCAAUAUCAGGGCAGCACUGAGACGGGAUGGAUGGGGCAUAAUGGUCAGCUGCCUAAGUACAAGCUCAGAAUGGUAUUGCCGACAAUGACAAGGGAGACCGGAAUAGUCAUUUCUACCUUAUUAGCCUUCGUCAGUCAGUCUAACCCAAUCUGGGGCUCGAUCCCGCGACUUGCUAGUUAGAUGUCCAAAGUCUCUAACCACUGGGCCAUGGGCCUGUUGCCUAUAUCAUGCGCCGCUGUGCGGCUGCUGGUUGGGCUCGAGAGAGAGAACCCGCAAGGCACAGUGGGACGAGUGAGUUCCGUAGAAACGAUUGGUAAGCGCCCCUCUACCAUUAUUACAAGCUCACCUUGACUGUAGUGAGAUGUAAUUGCGCAUCACUGUUCCCACCCCUCCUCACAGCUCUAAUGCGCUUCGGGUGAUAAGAUAGAUUCAAGACACGGUGGCUGCGCGGGCAUCUUACUACAACGUACUGCUUUUUUAAGGAUAUUCGCCAAACCAGGCUCAGCAUUCAUACCAACCCACUGGCAGUCUUCAAAACUAUCACUGCUAAACGCUGUGGGCCUUUAUUACUGUCUCUGUGACCCCUCACUUUGUAGUUGACCUGCAUCUCUUGUCUCAUCCUGUCGAAUUUUUUACAGCCCUGGAAGCUAUGCUUGUGGAAGUCUCUGCGACCCCCUACUUUGUAGUUGACCUGCAUCUCUUGUCUCAUCCGCCUGUUCAACCUCUUGCCAGCCCCACGCUAGUCCUGUGGAGUGCGGAUAUAUCAGUGCUCUAAUAGCAUUAACUUCAAAUGGUAAAUCAUUUAAUAUGGUUAAUGCACACAGAAAUAGCUCCAACACAGUGAGCAUUUUUGAAAAUGCGAUUUCCAGAUAGUGCAACUGAACAGGGUGAUGCGGAUACCGGGGGUGGCCUUCAUUUCGCGUCUCACUUUUUGAACGCCAUAUGCGGCUGCUUGUCAUUAGAGACGGAGGAGGCGGGUGACGCUUCUACGUGCUUCGGAUUACGUCCCUUCGCUUCUAUGGGCCGUAUUUGUAGUAAUACUUGACGGCACUGUUGGUACUGCGUAAAUGUUUGUGGCUGCAGUUGGGGACGCUUACUUCCUUCGGUAGGAAAAUGUUCCUUUUGGCAUUUCCAACCAGAGCUCACGGACCGUAGUCCUUCGGUCAUCCGAAAGCUAGACUGGUCCCAAGGCGACUCUCGGAUUGACUGUCCGGGGAGGUUGGCAUCGUGUGUGUGACCUGGUGAGGUUUUCCGCCCGUGGGGUCUGUUUGUAGUCACAUAGGCUCGCGGCAGGUUGAUUUGCGAGCCGAACCCCUCGCAGCUGCGCCAUGCAGCGGCAAAACAUCGGCGAAACACGCGUGUAUGGGCUUUUGGCUAGUACCUGUGCUGUUAGUAUGGUAUCACCUUACGCUAAAGUACACUACUAGCUGCCUGUUGGCAGUUAAUGAAUAUUACGCGGUUAGCCGCUUUGGCUGAUGGACUUUGACCCAAAUAUUCAUGUAUAAAAUUCUCGGUCUGAGUCUAUAGACCUUGAAUAAACUGAAACUACUCCAAAAGUGAGUGUGUCGGUUUUUUUCUCUACAUUUUACAGAUUGGUGUCGGCCUCUGUCUUUUCUCACCAACCGGUCGUUAUUUGGUUACCCGGGUUGACAACGCUCCCGGGACGCUGUGGAUUUGGCGGGUAGGCCUUCGUUUCUCCCUCGCCUCCCUUCUUACUCACACAUCGGGUCCAGUUUCAUCCGCUGCCUGGGACCCUCAGUCUACAGCCCGUCUAGCACUGUGCAUUGGAACAAAUGUGGUGUUCAUGUGGACACCUCAGGGUUGUCUGGCGGUUGAGGUGAGUUUAUAUCACCCCCCUCCCCUUCUCCUUCAUUCUUUUUUGUCUUUACAAUCGCUGAAACUGCGCAUUUACGCCUCCGGCGUCAGGACUUUAAGGCAGGUAGUAGGUCGCGAUGUCAGCAAUAAUUUUGCUAAUGUACAGUAGGUGGGCUAACUCCAUGAAAUGUCAACCGAAAUUACGAAAUGCAUUUUCGUUUUGAAAGGAUUAUUUAAGUAGGCUUGUAAAACGAGUCUGCCUGCAACAUAAUUCUGUAAUAUGUCAGUUACGUCAGGAUGCCGCCUUCGAAUGAACUUCAUUCCGGUUGCAUGCAAAAACUACACUCUGUAAAAAGCGACUACGUACGCGGCAUGAAUUUUUCUCAUUGAUUUUCGAUGCCCCCAAAAGUCCAAUUAUAUUUCAUGAGGAGCAUGCAUACAAAUAUUCAUUCUUUUGCUCAUUCGAUAGAUAAUUACGUCUUAUUCUAAUUUUAUACUCGAAGGAGGGACAUAAUUCGGUUUUAAAAAAGUUUCUGAUUGUGGGACUUCUAAAUACCGUGAAAUGGCCGUUCAUAAAUCGUCAUGCCUCUGCAUUUACCAAUGUGGCUUGUAAAGUUAACAAUAUGGAUCAAAUCCACUGCUAAAUUUUAUGAACGCUAUAUGGUCUCCCUUUAUUACCCUAGAGAAAUGUGUCGUUUUCCGUACGCGGAAAAUAUACGGCUUGUAGUUUGGAAAGCCCAAAUCCAAGUAUGACAGUAGAGCGGGUUCAAAAUUAUUCGGGAAUCGGAAAGCUUUUUUAAAACCGCAUUAUGUCCCUCCUUCGAGUAUAAAAUUAGAAAAAGACGUAAUUAUCUACCAAAUUAACUAAAGAAUGAAUAUUUUUAUGCUUGUUUUCCAUGGAAUAUAAUUGAAUCUGUAAGGGCAUUGAAAAUCAAUGAGAAAAAUUCAUGCUACUUAAGUAGUCGUUUUUUACAGAGUGUAGUUUUUGCAUGCAACCGGAAGGAAAUCCAUUCGAAAGCCGGUAUUCUGAGGUAACUGAAAUAUUAUAGAAUUAUGCUGCAGACUGACUAGUUUUACAACCCUACUUAAUUAAUCUUUUCCAAAGGAAAACGUAUUUCGGAAUUUCAGUAGACAUUUCAUGAGUUAGCCAACCGACUGUACGCCCAUCCAUGUUACCCCUGGCAACGAAUAACGCUGGACGGGGAGUCAGCAAAGCCGGCGGAAAUUGGCAGCAAGGGCUCUGUUAAACCCUUCCGACUGCAUUACUCUGCCUGAUAUCCAUAUUGUUCUCCCUCAACCUAAUCUUCCGUUUCGAUUUACUUUUUUUUGCGGUAGGUGACGUAACCCGUAAAUUGUACGCGAAUUGACGAAAAAUCUCUACUCAAUCAGAAACAGUGUAUCGAACAUAAUAUUACGUUGGUUAGAAAUAACAUCUUUUUGAAGAGGAUUUCCCAUGCCCAUAGUUGAUGUAGGCCCCCCGGCGACAACGGCGUCUGCUGCUUGUCUCAAGACGUUAUGUAGAUAUCAGUGAGUACUUUGUAAUUUUCACUGUUUCAAUCGAUUGCCGAAGCAGGUGGGUUUAGUCGCUCAUGUUUGUCAAAACUAUCAGAAUAAGACAGCUUUUGGAGACCGCCUGUGUGAUGAAUUAUCGAGCAUUCUUUUGAUGCAGAUGGAGGUUGGGACCGUACUUGUAAGCUUACCCAAACAUGUAACCUAAUCGCCAAUGAACAACGAAAGCAUGCACUUAAUAUGCUUUUGGUCAAUUCUAAAACCACUUCUAAUGAGUCACCCUCAAAAGAUGCCUUACUGGGAUAUGUCGCGUACUUCAUCUUUUUCCAAAGGACAUUUGAGGGAGACAUUGAAACGUUCUACACGCUUAUUCACUUUUCUUAAAAAGUACUGGUAGUUCUCCUAUCGCGGACGAAGAGCCUCACUUUUUCCAUGUUAGAACUACUUUUAUUAUCUUUUCUGGCCUUUAGACUCCGCUCUACAAUUCUAAAUGCUCUACGUAGUAGCUGUAUAAAUACCAAAAUAUUACUCAAACUGCCAAUAUCCUGUUCUUUUGGUCCCCAAAUUACGUAUUAGUGGAAACUUGACUGCGUAAAACUAUCUUGAAAUGGCCGCAUAAUGGCAGACCUUUUCUCGCUUACUUGUGGUACAUUUGCAUAUGCCCGGAAAAGAGGGCUGUGUCAACCCAAUAGAUUGCCUGUAGACACCGUUACUGAUUGUUGGGGCAUAAAGUCAUGCAGAUUUGCAAAUCAUUUUUUAAGAAAGAAAAACCUCUAGUUUUCUGAAACUUAGCAUACUUAUUAACAUUCUGCUUCACCUGAUUUACGCAAAACUGAACAUCAAUUUCCAAAUUUGCGAAAAUUUUUCCGGUAAAUCUUUCCCGUUUAGAUUAAUGCCUUUGGUAGAAAAACGCUCAGAUGCACAAAUUUUACCUAGGACAACUAUUAAUUUAGAAAUUUGCCUGAAUAUGAGGUAACGUUAAUUCCCGCCCAAAUUUACAACAGUCCCUUGGCAAAAUUACUUAACAACAGAUUUUGAAUGAGAAAAGGAAUUUUUUAACAAUGCGUUAGGCGAAUAAGUAAAAUGCCGAACGUGUGAAGUGCCCCAAAAUGAUCUUGUGGAUUUACGUUAUAGCGUUUUAUGAAUUACAUCUCCUACGGUUUCUGUUUCUGACUGCCGGAUUGGGUUACAAGUAGGCCUGUCAGCUGUCCCGUCAGGACAUUUGUUGGCUCUGCUGACGAUGAUUCUUUUCCAUCCAAAAUUCUGUUUGUUCCUAGGUCGGGACGCACUUUUCCGUGAGGUCAUUGAGUUGGAACCUCUCCGGGGACGCCUUACUGCUCAAAUCCUCGGACGAAUUCUGCCUUUGCUUUCUGGACCUCGACAGCACAUCUGGGGACGAACCAUCUGGACUGGAUGAGUUCUGGAGAGCACCAACCAGUCGUCGGGUAAGGCACCUCAUCGACGCAACCGGCGACCUCGCUUUGACCUCUGACAGACCAGAUGAAGCCUUUCACCAGGACGCGGUGAUGGAAGACGAGACUGACACCUCCGACAUGCCUAGAUGGGCUCGUGACGGUGAUGCUGAUAGGCUGCGCGAGAAGGAGAAUCGCCCGGCCAGAUCAAUAUCGGCGUCAUCGCAGUGCAGCAAGUCGCCGCCGACAAGCCUUAGGUCAGGAUGGAAGUUCCCAGUCACUACGCCUGCUUUCCACAGGGGAGAAAAGACUCUGGCCGCAAAGAAAUAG